AAUUCAAAAUUAACGUAAAAGAAAAAAACAAAUAAUUCUCUCGCAAAAGAAAAAAAUGUAUUUCCGCCUUCUGUCAAUCAUUAUUAUUGCAGCAAGCCUUUUAGUCAUCGGCCAGGCCGCCGAAUGGUGGGGAGAUUAUCGGGACAAGACAAGAUAGAAUUUCCCGGUAAGUGCGUUAUAACGCCCUCAAUAAUACUAAACAGUGGCGUGAGAAUAAAGGAUCCUAACCAUGAUUGCCGUCAAAUUGUAUGUGGACUGAAUGGUCUGGCCCUCGUUCAAGGCUGCGGCGUCCACACACUUUCCCCUCCCUGUUACUUUGGGGAUUAUGUAAACUUGGAUCUGGACUAUCCGAUGUGCUGCGAACGGAUGGUGUUGUGCGACUAAAAGCCUUGUUUAUCUAGGAAACUAUGUAGGCGAAG